CGGGCGUACGCGAAGCGAGCGAUUGAAGCGCGCGUGCGGAGCGUCUUUCUGCAGCAACAGCAACAGAGACUGAAGGUCAGAGAGGCAGACACAGACAGACAGUGACAGACAACAGUGAUAUUCAGGGUUUGACAUGCCUCCCCCCGUUGGACCACCAGCCGUUCCGCCUCCAGACGGUGGGUGGGGUUGGGCCGUGGUGGGCGGGGCCUUCAUCUCUAUCGGAUUCUCCUACGCUUUCCCGAAGGCUACCACUGUGUUCUUCAAAGACAUCCAGAGAAUCUUCGAUGCGUCGUACAGUCAGGUGGCGUGGAUCUCGUCCAUCAUGCUGGCCGUCAUGUACGCUGGAGGUCCUAUCAGCAGUAUUCUGGUGAACACAUACGGCUGUCGUCCCAUCAUGAUUCUGGGUGGUUUUUUGUGUGCUCUGGGUAUGAUCAGCGCUUCAUUCUGUAAUAAUGUCCUGCAGCUUUAUAUCUGUAUUGGAGUGAUAGGAGGUUUCGGUCUGGCCUUCAACCUUCAGCCGGCGUUAACAAUGAUCGGAAAAUACUUCUACAAGAAACGACCCAUCGCCAACGGUUUUGCCAUGGCCGGAAGUCCGGUGUUCCUCUGCACCCUCGCUCCGCUCAACCAGUAUCUCAUCAAUGAGUUUGGAUGGAGGGGCAGUUUUCUCAUUCUCGGCGGUCUUCUGCUCAACUGCUGCGUGGCCGGAUCCCUCAUGAGACCCCUGAAAGCCCCUCCGAACCAAACCAAGGCGCUUGAGGAGAAACCCGUGGCCUCCAAGACAGAGAAGAGCACGGCCUGGCAGACCAUCAACAAAUAUCUGGACCUGUCGCUCUUCAAGCACCGCGGCUUCCUCAUCUACCUGUCGGGGAACGUCAUCAUGUUCCUCGGGUUCUUUGCGCCCAUCGUCUUCCUGUCCCCCUACGCCAGAGACAACGGGGUGGACGAGUAUCGGGCGGCCUUUCUUCUGUCCAUCCUGGCCUUCGUGGACAUGUUCGCUCGGCCGUCUAUGGGACUGCUGGCUAACUCGCGCUGGGUCCGGCCCAGGAUUCAGUACUUCUUCAGUUUCGCCGUGUUGUAUAACGGUGUGUGUCACCUCCUGUGCCCGCUGGCAGAGACGUACACCGGGAUGGUGGUGUACGCCAUCUUCUUCGGCUUGGCGUUCGGUAUGGUGAGCGCGGUUCUGUUCGAGACGCUGAUGGAUCUGGUGGGGGCUCAGAGGUUCUCCAGCGCCGUGGGUCUCACCACUAUCGUCGAGUGCUGUCCGGUGCUCAUCGGUCCACCUCUGGCAGGGAAGUUAGUGGACGUCACCAAGAACUACAAGUACAUGUAUCUGUGCUGUGGAUCUGUGGUGGUGUUGGCCAGCGUCUGGCUCUUCAUCGGUAACUUCAUCAACUACAGACUGCUAGAGCGUGAACACAAGCAAAACCAGACGUCUGAGCGGCGGGAGAAUCAGGAGCAGACGAACGCAGACGCUGAAGCAUCACAGCAGCUCUGUGAGGAUCAGGACGGUGUUGUACAGCGAGAAACAAACAUUUAAACUCUCGUGAGGUCUUUAACACACUGCCAAAACACAUCAUAAAGUGUGAGUGUUAGAAAGACGUUACUCCAGUGUUACACAUCAUAACAUGUCUUGAUAAACACGCGUGUCACGGCCACUAAACAAGCACACUUGAUAUCUUCAUGUCAUAGGAUCUGAUAAGAAGUAGAUGUCUGUGAAUCAGAUGCUCUGAACGUAAAUGAUUUCUCGUGGGCAUUAUGAAUGGGAUUCUUUGAGGAUUAACCAAAUCUACAAGCAUGAAGCAAUAUCGUUUCAAUCUUCUGUGCUCAGGGGAAAUAUUCCGGGUUGCUUUUCUGCUUUUCGGGAAUUGAAAUAUUCCACGAGCGGGAGAAAUGCUGAUGAUCUCUUGUAAACAUACAGGUGUUUUUUGGCUUUAUAUUUAUAAAAGAGUGACACGAUGACGCUCUUUAACAUAUUGCCUUAAAUAUAGAUAUGAUCUAACAGUCUAAUAUAAAGGGUGUAUAUAGAGACUAUAUUUAACAUAUUCACUAAUGUAGAUGUAUAGUAAACAGCUAGAGACUAAUGAAUAUAAAUUUGAUGAAUUCAUUUGUUGUUUUUAUAUCUUUCAGAACUGCGGUUAUAUUCUCUAUUACAGUACACAACAUCUGAUAGUAUUAACAAUUCAAUACACAAAUGUUACACUAGUGUUUUUACUUGAUUUAAGAGACUGAAAUGAAAGCUUUAGUUGUUGUAUUCUUUUGCGCACCGGGGCUGUUAUCAUACAGAUAUUAUAUUUAAUGUCAUACAUAUGCAUAUAUGAAUAAUGCUGCAAUGAUGAUAGGGUGCAUGUAUGUAACUAACAUUCAUAUUAACUGUCACCUGAUUAUACACUUAUUUAUUCAAUGAUGAUGUCAUGUGUGAUGAUGUCACACUGCCCCCUACAGACUAAACAUACACACACACACAUUCCUUUUUUAUUAUGUUUAUUUUGUUAUCAAACUAAAUUGACCAUUUAAAUGCACUUUAAUGAAACGCUGUAUUACAGUCUGUCUAUGCUGUGAUAUAUAUUUUUAUUUUCAUGUAGGUCUAUUUUUGGUGAAUUUACUUUUGAAAUUAAACCACAUUAUGUUUUAAAGAUGAGAAAUGCCUCGAAAUACAUGUGUGUAUAAAUAUGUCAGAUGAUCAGAGAUGAUGUGAAUAUGAUGAUGAUCUACUGUAUUUCACCGUCUAAAUGACAUAAAUCUGCAUUUGUCUAGAAAAAAAAAUGUUUUAUCUCUUGACAAACAGCAUCACUGGAUGAUGAAUAUUAAAACAUAAACUAAAGCUUCACAAUCCUCAGGUUUGUUUCCAUGU